AUGGCCGCCGCGGCCUAUUGCGACCGUGUCCGGGCUCCGCUCGGGGUUCUUGCGGCACGCGCGUCCAUCGACGGAGAGUGCGAAUGGCCCGCAAAUCCUGGCGAGACCCGAACGCGGGAAAUUCGACGCUUUCUAGUUUGGGCCCCAUUGUACCUUGGUAUCAUGAUCUUUCUCUUCCCUCUCUCUCCUUGUUCAAGUCACGGUUACUUUCCUGGUACGUCGGCGACGUCCCAGUGGAAUUCCAACUGCCGCGGCAGGGAGGCGCGGCGCGGCGGUCACGAUGACGGUGGCGAUAGCCUGGUAGUCCUUCCGCCAGGGGACGCCACCCCGCACGCGGCGCGCGAGGCGUCGCAGCUGCGGCGAUCGUUCUUCAAAUCGGACCUCGGCGCGACGACCGCGAUGAGCAGGUGCGAGCAUUCGUUAAAACUCUCAAAAAAAGAAGUCAUCGCCAUUGGGCGGCCCCGCGCCCUCGCGCGCGAGAACCCCGCCGGCAUAGACGCCGGAGAACGUGUCGGAACAACCGCGCGUCGCCGCAGUGGCGCCAGUCCUCGACCAGACGCCUACCGCGUGGCAGCCCGACCCGCGCCGCCGCCGCCGCCCACGGCCCGACGAGGGCUGCCCAGCGCGCACCGUGCGCCGCGGGCGCCACGCCAGGGCCGCGACGAGCGUCGCGACCGGAAGCCAAGGCACGCCGUCCAGCGCGCAGCCUCGGGGCCGGGCCAUAGCAUCGGAAAUCGGGGCGCAAUUAGCAACGUCCCACGGUGGCCGGGGUCGACCGUGCUGCCACAUUUUGGAUUUGAAGCGGCUAUGGUCGCUGCUCUGUGUCUUUGCUCAGCUCUAGCGGCUCGGGAUCAUCGAACGGGGCCGCGGGGAUGCCGAUUUCCGAGAGCCACUGUCCAUGCGCCAGCGGGCCCCCAUUUUCUUUCGACGCCGUGCGGUGCGAGACGGCCAACGGUUGGCGGUCGACAGCCGCGGCGCAGACGCUGGUGGCCGGGCGACGCGAAUUCUCGCUCAUAUAAAACUGCGGCUGCAUUGCCUGUUGGAGCUGUUCUGCAGCCUGAAGAUCUCCACAUUGCCUUAAACGAAGGGUUUCGGGUGCUGUACGCAGUGUUUCGCGUCGACCGAUCACCGUCGCUGUGUUCCGAUGGGCGCCUCGACAUCCUAGAGCUCCUACGUGAUGCUCUGCGGUCUUCGACGCCCAAAAGCUGCCCGACACUCGCCGAAGCGCGGACAUUGAGGGGAAAUCAUGUCAGCUGGAUUGCAAGAGCCACAGCGGCUGGCAGAAGAGAUACGGGUGUCGAUAGAACUUAG